UAAGAUCGAAAAAUUUUUGAAAAAAUUUUAAAUUUCAAAAAAAAAUCAUAAUCAACUAUUUAUUAAAUAAUAUUUAAAAAUAAAAUAAAUUCUCUUAACAAAUACUGAUAAGAAAAGUGACGUGAACUGGAUUAAAUUGGAAAAAAAUCAAUUCUUGAGUAAAUUAACUGAUUAUUUUAAAAAAAUACGAUGCGAAAAUAAAUUCCAGGAAAUAUUUUAAAAAAAACAACAUAAAACAGUUUUUAGUGAAAAAUCAAAAAAAAUCACACAUCGAAUUGCCCCAAAAUGCUCCGUUUGACGUCGUGUGUGGCCAUUUUUGGCAUUUUUUCAUCGGUUUUUGGACCAACGACGGGCAUUUCAUCAACCAUGGACAGCUUGGAACGUCCGAAAAAGUGUUCGUACGAGCGAAUUGCGAAGAUGAGUGGCUACACAUGUUCCGGCAUGAACUACAACGCGGUGCCGGACAACCUAAAAACUGGCAUUGAGGUGUUUGAUCUCUCGAAUAAUCGCAUCCGUGAGUUGUCCCGCAAGUCGUUCGAGCGCUAUACGGACCUCAAGUACUUGUAUCUCUUCGAAAAUCUCAUCAUGGAAAUCGAAAAUGGGACUUUUUCGCAGUUGCGUGGCUUGGAGGCGCUGGAUUUGUCCCACAAUGGUCUCUCGACGAUCCCGUUGGAGCUACUUUUCAUGGAUCGCUUGCGGAAUUUGUAUGUGGCAGGCAAUAAAUUGUCCCGCUUGGAUGCGGAUAUUGCUUCGUUGACGCGUCCCAUCACGUCGCCCUUCCAAAUUCUCAAUUUAGCGGAUACUUUUAUCUCGCGCAUCCCGAAAUUCGGGAUUUUACCGGAUUUGUGGCAGCUAAAUGUCUCGGAUAACACGUUGAGCCACCUCACGUUCGAUCAGUUGCAGGGAUUUUGUGGUUUGCGCAGCAUCGACUUUAAUAAUUCAUAUGUUCCGGUGUGCGAAUGUCGCUUAAUUGAUGUCAAACUCUUUGAACGUGGUGCCGAUGUGCUCAAUUUGAACUGCGUUGGAGGAUUUCAUCAGCCAAAUUGCGCCCCAGUGUUCGAUCAAAAUGCCACCGAUACGCAGGCAGCCUUGGAUUACGUGCGAUGCUUGGGAAUUCGGCAGGGACGCGAAGCUGACGUUGAGUCACGUAGUCGAUGGUUGUACAUUGCAGCGUCGCUUUUGGGUUUUUUGAUCAUUUUCAUCGCCUUUUUGUACUGCUUACAUCGCAAAAACGUCGAAGACAUUAAACGCAAGACCAAGAUGAUAUCACGAGCAAAUAGCGUGGCGCAGCAAAAUGACUUUAUUUCACCGGAAAAGUUGAUUACGAAUGAAAAAGUUUGAAAAUCUAGCAAAACCUUUUCCGCCUUCUCCAAAUUGGAUUGGGAUUAGAAAGUAACGUGCCUGUGAAUCUUGUUAAAGUUAAAAAUGUGACGUGCCUUUAAUCAAAUUAAGCCAAAAACUGAAAUUAAAGUGCCUAAGAUACCUAAAAAGAAGUAAUUUUAAGACAAUUUCCAUUAUUUUUUAAGUCUACUAAGAACAAUUUAUGUAAAAAAAAAUAUUUAAAAUUAAGAAUGCCAUUUUUUGUAAGUAAAUACAAAUGUU